ACAUUUUGUAAAUAAAAUAUCAUUCAAUAAAUUAAAAAAAAAAGAAUUAAAACUUUAACACAACAUUUAAUUUUCUAUAAAAGCCGACUACUCACUUCACCGUUUUUGUGAAAAUGGGUCUAUUUAAAGAAUAAAAAAAAGCGUUCAAAGCUUAAAGUCUCCGCAAAACUAGGUUAUGUUUCUUAUUUUCUGAAAUGCAGCGGAAUUUAUAAUGUGCGAUUUUGAUAAGUUAUUCGCCGGUUGUGUGGAAUUUGUGAUUGAUUAAUUGUAACUGAAACAUUAAAAAUGUUUUCACGUAUAUCUUUAAGUACUUACUGUCGUGCGUUGACAAAACCACACAUGGGACGACAGUCAUUUCCACAAACUAGAUCCUUACACGUAUCUCAUCGUAUUAAAGAUAUUAAGGUUAUUAAUUCAAGAAUCCGCUGCUUAGGACCUCAUUCAUCCCAUUCAACAGCUUUUAGUGCAAAUCUUAUAAGAUUUGCAAGUACCGCUGAAGCGACUGAAGUGUCUGCAGAAAAUGCACUACCCGAAAUACCUGAACCGCCGACUGCUGUGGACCCAGAAAUUGUCCAGGUUAUUGGCGAUUCGCUUCAAAGUUACGGUUUAGGAGGUUACUUGCCAAUAGGAUUGACACAACAUUUUUUAUUCUUUAUAAACACUACAUGUGGACUUCCUUGGUGGACGACAAUUAUUCUGGGAACGGCCGGUAUAAAAGUGGCGCUCUUUCCAUUAUUUCUGAAAAUGCAGAAACACCAGGCAUUGACAAGUUUUCACGCAAAAGACUUGGGCUAUUUCGAAAGAAGAAAAAAAGAUGCAAUAGCCGACGGAAAUCAGAUGAAAGUUCAGAUGUAUUCUUUGAAACAAGACGAAUUCUACGCUUCUCACGGCAUGAUGACGACAAAACAAACUGUGGUGCAUUAUGGGGUUCAGGGAGCUGUUUUCUUUGUAUUUUUCAUGGCGAUGAACGGAAUGGCACGUGUGCCGAUUGAAAGUAUGAAAACGGGUGGUCUUUCGUGGUUUUCUGAUUUAACUGUAGCCGAUCCUUACUAUGUGUUACCGGUACUUUCCGCACUUUCUACGGCAUUAUUUAUUCACUUAUCGCCACCUCCCGCGAUGGGACAAAAAUUACAGGGGAUACAGAAGUACAUCAAAUUCUUGGUACCUGUAGUCACUCUGCCAUUUAUGGUAUAUUUUAAAUCGGCUGUAAUGUUGUACAUUAUAACGAACACUUGGCUCACAUUUCUCAGCCAAAUUUUAGUCAAAAUACCGAAAUUUAGAGCUUUAUGCAAACUUCCACCUUUAAUAGAAUCAGCUGCAAAUAAUCAAGCAAAUACUCCAUCAGGAAUGACCGACUCGAUGAAAGGAACUUUAAUGGAAGUCUGGAAAGAUAUCAGACACAGCCGAGCUACAAAUGCUGCAUACGUCUUGGAUCAAAAGAAAUUUGAAGCUGCGGGCAGAGGGGCCUUAAUUAAAACAUAUAAAUACGACCCAACGAAAGAAAUGCCAAAAGCUGCAAGAUAAAUUUAAUAGAUCACAUAUUUUAUAUACCAGAGCGUUUUUUUUUUUUAAUAAUAAACGCAUUUUCAUCUUGUUAGAUUCAUCAUUUUCAUCAUCAAACUCAUCCAAAAGAUCUUGUAUCGCUCGUGGUUAUAAAUAAAAAUGAAUA